UUCAGGGUACUCGACGUUUAGCCGUAUUUGUCUAGAUCCUUCGUCUGGCAAUUCCUUUUCCGGUGCCCAUCUGAUAUGAUCGAUCUUUCCCUUCCCGACUCAUCCAAAUCAAUCACGACCCUCGCAAUCCUUGACCGUUAGGACCACUACCAGUUUAGUAUUUUAUAAAUCCUAGAAAGAUUCAGAUAGAUGGCUUCCUCCGAUGAUCUCGCGCACUCCACCUUAGACGCCCUGGCUUGGAAGAUCUGCCGGGUUUAUUGUUGGUCAUAUGCUACGUUUUUGGAGUCCCAAAAACAUUAAGAAACAGGGUGAAUUCAUUGGAAUCACCCUACUCCUCCUUAAUGAGAAGACAAUCUGUCUAAGGUUCAGACCUAUGCUGGAGUGACGUUUCGAGUUGUUGUUCGUUUCGUAAUUGAACCUGAGAAAUAAAUGGCGCAUGCUUAGUAACUGGACGCUUGUCUCCAUAGGAGAGCUAAACAAGUUCAUUACCAAUUGUGAUGAACAGACACAGGAAGUUGAUUUCAUUUGCAAGGCUCGGGUUGUGGAAGUCCUGGAACAAAAUGGUUGGUCUUUCGUCUCUUGCACUGGCUGCAGCAAGAAGCUUGACAAGUCUGGGAGUUCUCUCCAUUGCAACUGUUGCGCUCUAUCCCAACAUCACAGGAGUUAUAAAGUACAGAGUUGAACUUUGCCUUGAUGAUGGGGCUGCUAAUGCCACUUUUGUGGUCUUCAACAGGGAGAUGGUGAACCUGACUAAGCAGGAUGCAGCUGGCCUCACUCUAGAUGAGAUGAAUGGUGCUGGGCUGAAGGACUCCCGCAAUGUGUUAAAGGCCUUGCUGGAAAAGAAUUUGUUUUUUUUCCAGAUAUGUGUCACACCAUUCAAUGUUUCUCCAAGCCACCGUACUUUCACUGUUUCGGCAAUCAUUGAGAGCAUCGUUCCCGAGACGUUCGAGACCGAAAAAACUGAAUUUGUUCAGGUGGAAGGUGGCGUAGCAUCAGCGCCGCGAGGAAGAAGGUUAAAGGUGAAGACUCUGAACCAAGUCCAUCCACUGCUGUAGGCGUAGAUGGUAACCGUAAAUUAAAGAGCAGGGCAACGACAACCCAAACUUUGCUUUCGUUUCUACUAAGCACUUCCUAUUUUAGACUCUGGAUGUAUUUUUCAAUUUUAAGGGUUCUGUUUUUUAAAGUACACUACUGAUUUAAUAUUUGACUAAAAGGGUUAGACGUAAUAUUAAGUAUGGUUGAUAACUG